GUUAUGAAGAAAGAGGAAAUGAAGGUAAAGUAGCACUCACGCACACUUUCCAAGGCAAAAUGCAUAAUCUGUACCAAGAUUCCCUCCUUUCUUCUUCUCCCUAUUUUUCUCAUCAUUUCAGUAUGGUCCCUUCUGCCUAAAAUGCACUGUUUUCACUAAAUAGUUUCCAUUUCAUUUUCCAAUCCAUUCAUGUCACCUUUUUAUGGUCUUAAAUAUUUAAAAAAUUUCAGCAUUGCCUCUGUUUUAGCUUUUCUUUAACUUGUUGUACACAAAUAGUAGUCCUUUUCCACUACUCAAAUCAAAGGUUUAAUCUUUUUCAAUGUUUGAUAAAAGUGAAGAUUGAAGGUUUUUCUUUUUGUUUUUGCAGUCUAUUAUAUGGGUGUUAAAACAUUUUUUUUUCUUUUUUGGCCCAAACAUUAGAUAAAAGAAAGGGUUUUGGAUUUGGUGUUAGGGUUUUAGUGUUUUUGGGGAAAAAUCAGUGUUUUCUUUACUGAAAAUGGUGAAAAGAUUGAAUUUUGUGAAGUGGGUAGUUUGAUUCUUGAUUUUUUUUUAAUUGUAUGAAAUGGGUGCAACAAGUUCAAAAUCUGAGAGGAGUGAAGCUUUAAGAUUAUGCAAAGAAAGGAAAAGAUUUAUAAAACAAGCAGUUGAUUCAAGGUAUGCAUUAGCAGCUGCACAUGUUUCAUAUGUUGAAUCUUUAAGAAACAUAGGUAUUGGUCUUAGAAGGUAUGCUGAAGCUGAAGUAUUAAUAGAAUCAUCUUUAUCAACUUCAGAUAAAACCCCAUCACAUUCAUCAUAUCCAUCACCAUCACCAUCAAAUAUUGGUGGUGAUGGUAGUCCACUUUCACCAUCACUUAAUAUUGUUGAUACUAGGUUGAGUUAUAUGAGGUCUAAUGGACCUACUGCUGUUACUGUUAGGUUAAGUCCAAAUGUACCUAAUAUGUAUGUUGAUGAUGUUGAUUUUUCAACCCCACUACCCCCUCCACCACCUCCAGGUUCAGGAGGUUCUUGGGAUUUUUUUGAUCCUAAUGAUAAUGAGAGUUUUAGGUUUGUUACACAUAAUGGUAGUAGGCAACUCAACUUUGAUGAAAAAGAUAAUGAUGGUGACAUUCAAGAAGAGUUCUUGACACCUAAAUCAGAACCUAGGAGUAAUAAUGGUCAUGGUAAAUUGGAAUUUCAUGAUUCUAGUUCAGUUAUGCUGCCUCAGAGGGCUGAGAAUAAUAAUAAUGGUGAGGGGAAAGAUGUUGGAAGUGAGCAGAAAACGAAUGGUUCGGUUGGGGCUACAAUUGGUAAGUCUGCGUUGCAAGUAUCUGGUUCGAAGGGAGAUAAGACUUUAGUGGAUGAAAGAGAGGAUCCUUCAGAGUUUAUAACUCAUAGAGCUAAAGAUUUUCUUUCUAGCAUAAAGGACAUUGAGCAUCGAUUCUUUAGAGCAUCUGAAUCAGGAAAAGAGAUUUCAAGAAUGCUCGAAGCUAGCAAAAUCCGAGUUGGGUAUUCUGAGGCCAAAGGAAAAUCUUCGGUGUCUGCCUAUUUGUCGUCUAUGGGCUCAGGUUGCUGCAGAAGAGCGGGUGCAAACAUGUCUGGUGAAGCAGACCAUGUAACAAAGGUGAUUACCUGGAAGAGGACCACAUCCUUAAGAUCAUCUUCAUCGAGGAAUCCUCUUAAUAGUAAGGAUGACAAUGAUGAUAGUGGAAGUGAUUUUGUUGAAGAUUUUUGCAUGAUAGCUGGAAGCCACUCAUCCACUCUUGACAGAGUAUAUGCAUGGGAGAGGAAACUUUAUGAUGAAGUGAAGACGAUUGAGUCAAUCAGGAGAGAUUAUGAUCGGAAGUGUAACCAACUUAGGCAUCAAUUCGCCAAAGAUGUUAGCACCCAAAUAAUUGACAAAACACGGUCAGUGGUGAAAGAUCUCCAUUCACGCAUCAGGGUGGCUUUAUAUUCAGUUGAUUCAAUAUCAAAGCGGAUAGAGAAAAUGAGGGAUGAAGAGCUGUUGCCUCAAAUUUUGGAACUUAUCCAAGGAUUGAUCAGAAUGUGGAGAGCGAUGCUUGAAUGCCACCAUGCCCAGUAUAUAACCAUUUCUCUAGCAUACCAUGCCAAAGCUUCGGCUUCAAGUCCUCAGGGUGACACUCAAAAGCUGAUUAUGAGUCAGCUGCAGGAUGAAGUAGAGUGUUUUGGCUUGAGUUUCGCCAACUGGAUUAACAGCCAUACUUCAUAUGCGGAAGCUCUUAACAGCUGGCUGCAAAACUGCAUUCUGCAUCCACGUGAACGAGUCAAAGGCAGAAGAGCAUUUUCCCCUCGACGAGUUCUGGCCCCGCCAAUUUUUGUGCUUUGUCGUGACUGGACCGCUGGGAUUAAAUCUCUGCCUUCUGAAGAACUUAGUGAUGCCAUCAAAGACUUCUUGUAUGACCUGCGGCAUUCAGUUGGACAUCACUCAGAGGAACUGCAAAAGAAAGAAACUACUCCUGAACCGGGGAAUGAGGAAUUGGAAGCGAAAGAUGAAGAGAAGAACGAUGAGAAGUCAUCAAAUUUGAAUUGCAUACACUCGAGUUUAACGAGGGUUCUGGACCGUCUGACCAAGUUCUCCGAGUCUUCUUUAAAGAUGUGUGAAGAUAUCAAGCAGAGAUGUGAAACAGCUCGAAAUGCAUAUGUGAACUAUCGACCACCACCAAGAUCCUUUAGUAUAUGAUUGCUUUCUUGACAUUACUUUUACUUUCUAAAGUUAUGAAAAUAUGCCAUUGUAAAUCAAAAGUGACUUGAAAGAUUAUGCCCUUCUCUUUUUGAUGAAAAAUAGGUUACUAAUUUA